AUGCCGCGCUUCUGCUUGGUCGCGCUCGUGGCAUUAGGUGCCACGCAGUAUCUUGUGCACGGGGCGAGGCCGAAUAGCCAUGCAGCCUUGCCAGCCUUGCCAGCCUUGCCGUGGGAGGCAUGGCAAAGUUAUUUGUUUCCGUCUACACCUUGGAGAGAGCACCCAGCGAGCCCGGCCGAGGAGCUGCAGAAAAGCUUGAGCGCCAGGUUGGCGGGGGCCGAAGGACAAGAGAUCGCUGAAAAGGCCGUCGAUGAGGCGCAGAAGCAGGAGCAGAAGCUCCGAGAGCUGGUUGCCAACAUCACAGGAAGCUCGCAGAGUGCAAGUGCAAAUCUCUGCUAUGGGCAACUCGGGGGGGCAAUGGCCAGCUUGACGCAGGCAUGCGAAGGCGCGAAGCCAGAAGCCGACUGGCUUCUUGAUUACUACGACACAAUUCUGCCGAAGAAGACCUGCAAUGAGAGCGUCGCCGACAUCUUCGCUGCAGGAAGAGCCUUGGUCGAGACUCUCCACGUCUCCAGGCAUGCGGUGGCUGCCUUGAAACUGGACAACAGGACGCUUCGUCGGUAUCAGGCACUCUCCUUUCUGAGGAGUUGGCUGGUCAACCUCACCCGGACUUCGCACCCCGCGAUGCUGUGGACUGGCUUCUGGGAUGGCGACCCCAACAACCGCACGACGAAAGAAAAGCUCUCUGAGUUUGCCCACGAAACGGACCACGCCAUUGUGCACCCGGACAGCUUCCUUGGCCGAGUCGUCGAGGAGGGCCAAGACCUCGAUGCCUGCUACGUGGAUGACCUGACUAAGUCGCUCGCGAGCAACAUGUGGGCCGUGGUUAGCAUGAGCUUUGUCCUCGGGAUGCGCGAGAAGGGUCAGGGCACUGUCGUCUCGCUGGUCAACAAAGAUCUUACGGGAGAGCGCCGCUUGUCCAAGUCCGUGCUGUUCGUCCAUGAAAUGCCUACCGUGGGUCUUGCAGCCUGGGGACUUGGGUUUUGGUCUCCGAAAGUGGUGCUCGUGGACCUCAUGGGCACCUGCGACCAGACCAGCCCUGCGCUGCAGAUGCAGCUCUUCGCCCGGCUGCCCACUUGGGCCAAGUCCAUGCCUCACUGGAGCCGGGGGGCCUUCGCGUUGAGGUCGCGGCUUCAGUGGCAGUGCAUCGACUGCUCGGGCGCCUGCAGCCUGGACAAAGCCUUGGCGGAGCACGUGGACACGCUGGUCAAGGCCAAGGAGGAGCGCGACCGGAAGGACCAGGAGCUCCGCAAGGCGGGCAUUGAAGGGCAUGACCGCUCCCGGCAGGCCGUGGAUCUUAAGAGAGCGAUAUUCGCCGAUGCUGGGCAAAGCAACGAGGAGUUGAGCCUCGGCCGCGAGCUGGCCGCGAUCCUGAGAAGAAAUGGGGACGCCAGGUCCGCAGAGGUGGAGGAGCACGUGGAAGCUCUGUGGAUGAAGCUGCAUAACCAGUUGAUGAAGCUGCAUGACCAAAGCACAACGUUGCUGAGGGGGUUCCAAGAUCUCGACGGUGCGACGAAGCUGCAACGAGUGGAGCAACUUCUUCAUCAAAAAGCAGACCCUAGUGCCCCGGACCGGAUGGGCCUCACAGCCCUCAUGAGCGCUGCACGUGAGGGCCUCCGUGGUGUGGUCGAGGCGUGUGUGAAGGCGGGAGCCCAACUUGAUGCCCGCGACGAGCUAGGUCGGACUGCCUUAAUCCACGCUGCAGAGAACCGCCACCUUCACGUGGUCAAGGCGUUGCUGCAGGCCAGGGCCCAGCCAGACAUCCGCGAUGAGAAAGGCAACACGGCCCUCACCCGAGCCGCUGCAGGAGGCUACCUUGAAAUGGUGGAGGUAUUGCUUGUGGCGGGAGCCCAGCUGGAGGCCCACACUGAGCGUGGCUGGACAGCCCUCAUUGCGGCUGCAAUCCACCAGCACCUUGAGGUCGUUGAGGCGUUGCUGAGCGCGGGAGCGCAACUGGAGGCCCGCGAUGAGGAAGGCAACACAGCCCUGAUCUGGGCUGCAAGACGGAACUGCCAGGAGGUGGUGGAGGCAUUGCUGAAGGCCGGAGCUCGGCCCGAGGCCCGUGAUAAGCAUAAUCGGACAGCCUUCGACUGUGCCCAAGAAAAUAAAAACCGGGAGAUCGCGGACAUCCUGAAGAAGCACUUCGCGGAGCAAUGA